CGUGCCUUGAUUGAAGGCAAAGCAGCGAUUCAGCAUCAUCAUCACCAUCCUCAUUCUCCCUCCUUCCAUCACUUUCUUUCGGACACGCUUCCACACCCAGAAAUCAGCACGGCACGAGAUCUAGGAUCAAUUCGCUAGAUCUACAAUAAGUUGGUUCUUUUUCGCUUUUCUUUUCAAUCGAUUCUUCAUUCAUUGUGGGUUUCUAAUUCGUUUGGUAUUGGUUGAAAUUGAUUCAUUAUCAUCGUGUUAUGUGAUUGUUCCAAGCAAUGUGUGGAGGAAUUUUGUGGUAGGGUUUGGUGUUUUUUGAUUGGAGUUUGUGGUCGGAUGGUGUUAAUUGGGGAAGAUGCAGACGCAGAGACGAAACACUCGAGAUAAUUUUUGGAAUCAUAAAUUAGAUCGGGGUUUAUUGAUGGAAUCAUCGCCACCUUCGAAGUUGGUUUCCAAUGGUUCAUCGUCUUAUUCGAUGCAAUCGUCGUGUGAUACUUCACCUGGUGGUGGUGGUUCGAGUGUCGGUGACGGUGGUUUGGGAUAUAUUGAACAUACUGUUACGAAAUUCGAUACGCUUGCUGGUGUAGCAAUAAAAUACGGCGUCGAGGUGGCUGACAUAAAAAAGAUGAAUGGUUUGACAACUGAUCUACAAAUGUUUGCCCGCAAAACGCUUCAGAUACCCCUACCAGGAAGGCACCCACCUUCUCCCAUCAUGUCAAAUGAAUAUGAUUCUCAAGGGAUAAAAAAGUCAGAGGUGACACCGCUUAACCGUAGACAUUCCGAUUUCUUUGACUCAGUCAAGUCCCUGAAACUAUCGUCUUCUUCACCCCGAAAUGUUUCACCAUCCAUGGACGCUUUACGAGACUAUUAUGGUCUUAAGCCAAAAGAUCAGAAUGGUAUUGGUGAAAGAUUUGGAAUGGAUGCCUAUCGGAAAGGAGGUGCUUUCAGUUCAGAAUAUGGACCAAAACCAUCCCUAAGUUCCUAUCCGCCACACGGUCUUCACAGAAAGUGUAAAAGCUUAGCGUACGGGUUAUCAGAGACCACCAUCGAUGGUGAUCUGUUGGCGGCAAAUGGAAAACAACCCGAGUCUGAUACAUGGUACGACAAAUUAAUCAGAAGGCGUAAAUCAGAGGUCGACCUCAACAACCCCACCCCAGAAAUGAUGCUUAAACCUGACACCAGCAACAACAGCAGUGCAUUUUCAGCAGCUGCUGGAAAAGGCUUAGCACUCAGGCCAAAGGCCGCUAACCGAACUAGCGAUGCUGAAGUUGGUCAGAACGUUGCUCCCUUAAAAUUGGGGGAUUCGUUGACCAUCGAGACUUCCAGUGGAGUGAAGAAGUCUUCAAGCACACCGAGCUUUUACGACGCAUAUAAUAGCAACAAUAGCAGUAACUGCACGACUACAUCAUCGAUCUGGCCCACCUCCAUGCUGAAUUUAACGGCUGAUCUUCAAGCGUCGACUGCAGCCAUUGCGAGGCCAAUCUUCGAUGGCUUGCCAAAGCCAAUGAGCGGUCGAAAGAACAAAGCGGCUAUCGAUUAGUGAAAUUAUCGCUUCUUUUGGUUCCGAUAUAUGGUCGGUCCUCCGAAUAAUUGAUUUCGGGGGAUGGAGGAAAUAGAAAGAAAAAAGAUUGAUAGGGAAAAACAGAAAUAAAGCAAGCAAGGGAUUGAUACAAUUUUUGGUGCAAAAAGUAUACAUUUAGAUAGGAAGUUUGUAUAUUAGUUGUU